AUGGGCACAAAAUGGGCAGUGAUGAGUCAAUUAUUAGGAAGACCAGCUAAUUUAAUAAAAAAUCGGUAUUAUUCUUCACUGUCUAAAAAACGUGACCAUGUCGCGAUUGAUGAUUCAGAUGAUUCCACAAGUAGUACUUGUGCUUCCCCAAGACCAAAAAAGCGUCGGAUUACUAAAGAUACUACUACUUCGGCUUCUCUAAGUAAUGAUGAAGCGUCACGCUAUUCUCAUUCUCGGAAAAAAUCAUUUAAACCAAUAUCGCUGGAAACUCCACCUGCUGAACGGUGGAUUCCUGAAGGCCAUCGUUAUCCAACACGUUUUCAAGUAAAUUCAUGGCAUUCUUUAAAGACUCCAAUUUCCAGUCCUGAAGCCGUAGACAUUCCAUGUCUUGAUUUGAACUGUCCUACUCAUAACUAUAGUCCUCCCUCAAAUAAAUAUAUUUCUAUCCCAACACCAACCUAUACUCCAAUACCGUCUCCUGUUCCAAUGUAUCGUCAUAAUCAUCAUCAUAAUUGUACAGCAGCUUUAGAGCAACUUGCAGACUUAGCAAUUCAGAAUGCAAGGUAA